AUGGCGAGUACACCACAUCAGAUAUACAACCAUAGAGUAACAAAACAGAAUACAAAAUGCAUUUCUAAAAUGCGAGUUCUGUCUAUCCAACAUCAAACACAAAUAAACCAUCUUCAUCUUCAGCAAGCUGAUCCUUUGGAAAAACAGCAGCAACAACAUGCAUUAUCAUUGUUGUUGGAACAUCUCCAGGCUCAACCGAAGGGCGAAAGGGAGGGGGAGGGGAUGCAAUGGCGAAGACAAUGUGGAAGGACAGACGGAGGGAAGGGAAAGGGGAGGCAGCCGGGGGGGACAAGGGAGUGGGAUAUGGUGACUAGGGAAGGCGACAACGAGAGGGAAGGGGAGAGGGAGGGACAAGCGCGAGGGGAGGGCGGCGGCAGCGACGAUGGGAUGGGGAGAGGGAGGAGGGCGGGAGGGGGUGGACUGGAAGGGGAAGGGAAUGGGCAACGGUGGGUUUAG